AUGAGUGACAAACAGAUGAUAAAUCAAGUGUUCCACAAUCAGUUGUUGUGCCGAAACAUACUCGGACAUAUCAGUGACGUCCACAAUCGAUUGAACAAGUCAACGAUCAAAGGAGGAGUGUUGCACUCCAGUGGUGAUCUGAUGAUGAUGCUCAAGUUCAAUGCCACAUCGAUGUUCAUUGAAUCAUUCGACAGUGUUGACAACUACCCUUACAACACAUCAUUGUUGAAGUGUGCCGCGCAGUACAACAACACCAGAGCAUUCAAUCAUCUGAUCAAACAUCCAAACAUCAUCAUCGAUCAGACCGUGUUCAAGUUGGAACAUGUCUGUCAACAUGGCAACAUUGACAUUCUUCGAUCAUACAUCGAUGCCACACAAUGCCACUCAACAUCGAUCAUGGACUUUGUUGAAUGUCUCCCGCUCAUCGACAGAGGCAACGAACACUUUGUCCGUCUGUUGCUCCAACACAUCAAGUCACGUGGCAUCAUUCCAACCUCGGAUGACAUCAAGAGACAUGCUAUUGAUAUGGAAUAUGGGGCCAACGAGAGUUUGCUUGAGGGGAUUGCUCAACUCGACGAGUACACACUUCAAAGACAAGGCAUCAGUGUUGGUGUGCUCCGCGUACUUCACGAAGAUUCCCGAUAUAUCCUUGACAACCUGACAAUGGACAUGGCAAACAACAGCCAUUAUUCAUUGGCACACUUCCUGAGUGCCUGUGCCAGAGAUGGUAACAUCGAACUCAUUAGUAUCGUCGGCGAGUAUGAAGUUGGUAUCAUGCUCCUCAAACGGAGCUCUUUAUAUGGACUGAUCAAUGUGGCGGUGGAGAAUGGUCGCGAGGCAUUCAUCAGACAUCUAUACAAACAUCACACAUGGAUGCGUUUCGAGAUCCUUCGACUUUUGGAUACACAAUCACAACCAACUUGCGAUGACGUAUCAAUGUCCUCGGACAUGCCCAAGCUACCCCCCACACCAAUGGCAGCAAUAUACACUGACGACCUUAUCAAUGCCGAGCACUUGAUCACCCAGUUCAUAAUAAUUGAUCAAAAGUAUUGGCGAACCAUGUCUGAAUCGAUGGCGAGGCUCAUCAGCAGUCCACGAUCACCCCCACUGGAGUUCCAUGACGGGACACUCUUGAACAUGGUGACGGUCAUGAGCCAACCUGGCAGCAACAUCACGUCAGACAUUGUGUGCAUGUUCAUUGACAACUGUGAGAUCGAUGUGGGCAGGUACAUCAACUUCGUGAUGGAGGUGGCGGCAGGAUGCUCAGCGGCAGUGAUGACAAGGAUACAUACCAAAUACGAUCAGCCAUAUGAGACAUCUGAAUGUUUGGCCAAAGCACUCACAAGCAGGUGUCGCGAGACAUUGGAGCUGAUGCAGGACUGCUUCGACAUGGAGAUCGAGGGAGUGUCUGCUGAUGACAUUGUUCAUGAUCCAUUUAAAGUGCAUCACAAGUUCAUUUCAAAGGCAUCGAUUGAUGAGAUCAGAUUGAUGUUCAAGCACUCUGUCAAAGUCAAGAGUGAUCCAAAGAUAUGCGAAUGGGCAGCACGCAAUCACUCAUCCGAGGUGUUUGAUUACAUCAUCAGUCUGUUCAGGUUGGGUCAAUUGGUGGGCAUAUUGCCGGAAAUUGUACAUUAUGCACUCGUCAAAGACAAUCCUCAACACAUCCAUUCACUUCAACGUCACUUUGGAGAUGUGGCCAUCGAUGAGAUCACAUCGAGUACUGUUGAGCAUAUGGCCAACAAGAAUGCCCAUCACUCAUUGUCAUACUAUCUCAACACGACAUCAUUCAACAAACAAUCCACGACUCACCGACUGAGAACAAUCAACAACAUCCUCAACACUGCCUACCAGAUUGGAGCAACUCGAUUGAUCAAACUGUGCAUCAAUCACAUCGACUCACUCAAUCAACUGAUGAACAAUGAUCAUCUUGCUCCACACACUCAACAACAAUCAAUGAAUGUGUCCACAUGUCCAGGAUUGGACCAAGCAUUCCACUUGGUUUUUUGUGAUGGCAAGCUUGCCACAAUGAUCAUGCGACAGAUUGGACUGAUCCACUCAUCAUUGGGCAUUGAUUUGGACAGAGUGAUCAAAGGAUCAACAUUGUUGGACAACAAUCUUCUUCAAUUCAUCAAGUUUGGUGCCACUGAAUACUUCAUCAAAUCAUACUCCACCAUCAACAAUCAAUACCAAUACCCUCACAACACAACAUUGUUGUCAGAGGCAUUUGCCAAGUGUGACUCACUUGCAUUGGAAGUGCUGCUGGCCAAUCCCAACAUGAUGAUGACAUACGAUCACUAUGGACAUCUGGAUGAUGACACAUUAUGGAACAUCUCAUCAUGCUCACAUCCACAUUGGGAGUGGAUACUUGAUCAAUACUUCAAGAUGUUCACAUCCGCCACCCCAGUCUUCAUCAACGAGAUCCUAUUCCUGCUGGCUAGACAUCCAUCAUUCCAUCGCAAACUCAUUCAGAUGGGUGUCAAACUGGAAUCGAUCAAUGAGGAUAAUGAUUACUACUUUGUUUUGAGAAAAGGAUGGCUCACCAAGCCAUGGGCACUCGAGAUGGUGCAGUUCCUGCGCCAACAAUCACUGAUGCCUCACCGCCAAUGUCUUCAAAACAUACUGGAGAUAGCAUUGUCUGACGGUUUGCCAUCAUCAGUGUUUGGAUACAUUGUCAGAGAAUGUGAGGAGGAUGUUGUUCAACUCGACACGUGGUCGCUGAUCGAAAGCUGUUGCGAAUAUGGUCGCCCCGAGCAUUUGGACAUCAUGUUGACAAUGCCUGGGAUUGAUCUUAGUGAAUCAAGAUUGGUUGAAUUGUUCGAUACAGGUUCGAGGAGUGGAUGCUUGGCAGUCGUCAAGCGCAUUCACCAACUGAUCAAGGGCAGUGGACAUAGGCAACAUGUGAUCAACUCCAUUCAAUAUGCUUUGGAAGAUGGACAUGUCGACCUGGUAAACUACCUCAUUGAUCAAUGUGUGAUGAUGAUGAUGAUGACCUCUUAUCAGACCAUCCAAAUGGUUGGCAUUCGAAGGAUUCAUCAGAGCAUCGUAUCAAUCGAGUUGAUUGAGCGAUUGAUGGCACAUCCAAACAUAUUUGAUCUCACUCAUUAUGAUUACCAUCAUGGUCUGAUCGAUGCGUUUGAGCUGUGUGACCAAGCUUUGAUUGAAUACAUCGAGAUGAAGAAUCCACCUUUGAAGCAACACUCGUCAGACCUCUUCAGAGCAUCGAUGAAAGUUGGCAAUGUCCAAAUGGCCAAGAAGUUAUUGAUGGACAAGGACCGAGGAUUGACAUGUUCUGCCAGUGACGUCGCCUCUUUGAUCGAUUGCAUUGGUUUGCCUGGCAAAGGCAUCGACGUGACCGAGGACAAAGUGGCCGAGUUUGUCGCAUUGAUGCCUCGCUCAGACUGUGCCAAUGAUGCGAUAGUGGCUGCUUCAUCCAAGUCAUUGUCGCUGAUCAAGUUGGUGAUCACGCCAUUUAUCUAUGAGAUCAGUGCGGCUGACUUGGUGGCCUCUUGUAAUUUUAAUCGAUGGAUUGAUAACUGUGCCAAGAGAUGUGAUGUCCAAGCCAUUGACUACCUGAUCAACCUGGCCAUCAGAGUGCGCCAUCGAGUCACCUCAAAACAUGGAUAUGGUUGGGAUCAACAAAGGAUUCAAGACAUGAUCACAUUGAAUGUGUUCAAUGAUAGCAACGCAUCAGUGUUGUCAUAUCUCAUGGACAAAGGAUACUUGAGUGUCGAAAAUGUCAAGUCCAGUGCAUUGGCCAUCAUUGUCAACAACGCCUGUGUUGAUGGCAACGUGGAAACACUCCGCAUGAUACAUCAACGAUGUGUGACAGCAUCACAACUCCAGAGACAUCUGCCAUCAAUGUCCAGCAUCCAGGAGGCUGUCAUCAACAACCAUCACAGAUUGAUCACUUAUAUGUUUGAAGGUGUGAGUGAUGGAUCAUCACCUUAUGUUCGAGCAAAAGUGGACCAGAUGAACAUUACCAAGCUGCUCAACACAGUUCGCCAUCAUGCCUUUGUCAAUGGAUGUUUGAACAUCAUCAACAUGUGUGAUCGGUUGAUCUCUGCCCACAUUCCAUCAAUCUAG